AGUACUAGGAAAUUUUUAAGUUUUAGAUAUGUUUGAGUCAAAGUUUUAAGAUUUAGAGUUUUUUUUUUUAAUCUAGGACGUUUUCACUGCUUUUCAGUUUCUAAAGAUACAGUUGACAAAUGAAUUUGUCUCGCUCUGCUCAUGUUUAGUCUAUGGAGUUUUUUUUUUUUUUUUUUACAUUUUCAAAUGUCACUGAGGUUUGAAGUUUACUAAGCAGAUGUUUGAAAUCCAAACAAAAAUCAGCAGUCAUACCCUCCGGAUUGUUUAUUUUGUGAUAAAACGAGGAGUUAUGGUUGUCACACAUGAUAAACGGGAAAAGAACCAAAACAUUCCUGGAAACCUGCAGAUUGUUUUAAACCAUAAGAACCCCUGCAUUCUGGUUUGCUCUAGAGCUGUUCACAUUGGUAAGUGAUGAAGAGUGGAGCUCCAUGUUAACUCUUUGUCCUCCUCAGUGGGUGGGUGCUCCCUCCUGCCAGAGAGGCAGCUACGCCUUCUACAAGUCGGUGAGCAGCAGAGCUCAGCCUGACGGGCCGCUCCAGGUGUGGAAGCUCGGCGAGUUCUACUUCAUCCAAUGUGGGCCGGAGGAUCCCGUCUGCAUCGCCGAGGUGACCUUGCUGUGGGAAGAUCAGGCUCGGCGCCACCUGCUGGCCAGUGCCCGACUCUACUUCCUGCCUGAGGACACUCCAAAGGGCCGAACCAGGGAGCAUGGAGAGGUAGCGUGUUUAAGGAUUUGUUGUUUUAGGUGUUUAGAGAUAAUUGAUAUAAUUUAUUUAAAGUUUUCUCCUCAAUCUCUUUGUCAUCAACCUAAUUCUGAUUUUUAUUGUCCGUUAAUCAACCUGUUAUUAUUGGUUAUCAAAAUCAAAUCAGAUUCAUAGUAAGUGAAUCUGAAG